UGUAUUUUAUCCCGCUAAAAUAUUUGGUUUCAUUGUUACUCUCUUGUGUUAUUAUUAUUUGCUGUGGAUAUUAUUCCUGAGCGAGAUUAUUUUUUAUCCCAACAGGCGCUACAUAAGUUUCUUCUCUUUUUCUUCAGGUGCUUAAGCGAUGUUGAAAGGAAAUGACUCACACUGGUGAAGCUUCUGAGCGCCAUAAAUCUGAAGGCAUUGAUACGACGAUUGAGAUAAAAGUAAAAACUAUGAAUUCUCAAACCCACAAUUUGCGUAUUAGCAAUCAGGGCAGAGUAUGGAACUUGAAAGAACACGUAUCUCUUUUGAUUGGGACGCGAAUGGAACAACAACGUCUAAUCUAUUAUGGAAAAGCCUUAGAAGAUGAUGUAUACUUAUCCCUUUACUUUGGGUCCGGCGGACCCGUUCAUCUUAGACUUUUGUUGAAGCCCUUGCUCGAGUUCCGAAUGCUAUUCCUCGGCUCAAGGAGUGGGUCGAGGGUAUUGUAUCACAUAUGCCCUACUCCGAGUGCUCAUGGCGCGAACCUUCGAAGGGACGUUGGGAGGCCCGUUCCCAUGGUAAGGUUCCUUUCCCGAUUAAGUUGUAUUGAGCUUCUUCUUCUGGCAUUGCGUUCUUAUUUCCUUUACUUCCUUUUCCAUGUUUGCCUAAGAACGUUGAGCUUAGGCCUGCAGUCGGGGACGAGGACUUGCCUGUUGAGUCUCCUGCUCCGGGGCAGGCCUGAGAGAGGAAAAGGAUGAGGGAUCCGAACUCCCCAAGCUCGGAUAAAAAGAAACCGAGAAGGAGGCUAGUUCACAAGCCAAAGGAAACCUCCAGUUCCUGAGUGCUCGACUCGGACUCACUCCUUCGUCUCAGGGAUGAGCCCAACGAGGACGAACUGUUUAUGGCCCAAGAGCUAUCUGUCCUGGAAGAACGGGCGGCAGGCGAGGGGGAAACAAUGGAGGCUAAUAAUUCUAUAGUUCCUGAGGUUGAUGCUGUAGAGAGGGCCGAGAACUCUCGAGAUGCUGGCUCUGCCUCGCCGAGCCUUAUAGAUAUUACGACAUCGCCUUUGUUCACAUAAUCAAUGUUCGACGAAACCAAAACGACAAGGAGCGAUCAAACGAGGGGGCCUAUGGAGUGGAUGAUCCCCUUCGAUACUUCUUUGACGGCGUAGACCCGUCCACUCUGGAGGACUUCAACGGAUUGGGUGAUUUUGGGGUGCCGAGGAAAAGCCCAUCCUCAGAGAUUGGCGGGUCGAACUCAAGCCCGAGGUUCGUCAACCGGUUCCCGGCUCUGAGCAAGGAUCCUGACCGGGAGCGGUAAAUCGUUAUCACCGUCCAUGAGGAUGCUCGGGUUCUUUCCGCCCCCUUGGGAUAGCUAGCUACCUUCGGUGCCUGGUAACCGACGAAGGCCAGGCAAAAAUGAACGAGGAGGAUGCCUCACACCUGUUUAAUGAAGCACAAUAGGUGCUGAACUGAGUAAGGUGUUACCACACUUUUUUAUUUUUCAUGUUUAGUUCUCGAUGAUCCUAAUAUCUCUUCUCAUAUUUGCUGGUCUCAGUACUUCACUAUGAAACCUUCCUCCGAUAUCGGGAUGAGCUGAUCCAGCUGGAAGCCGAAGUUAAAGAGCUUGCUGAGAAGAGAUACAUUUAUAAGCUUCUCAGCGAGCAACAUGAAGGAGAAGUCAAGAGCCUUCGAGCUGAGCUGGACGUGGCUCAGAAAGAAUACGAUGUCCUGGUGGAACAGUAAAAAUCUUUGAAGUUAGUGAUGACGAGCUAAACACGGUAACUAACGGUCAGAACCUGAAGGAAUAACAGAAGCUCGGUCGGAUCGACCAACUCCGAGCCAAUAUGGAUGUAAUUAAGGUCGAGGCCGAAGAGUGGAAGGGCAUGAUGGAUCAUUUGGCCUCGAAAAAGGAGACUGCCUGGGCACAACUGGCUUCGACGGAGGCUCAAAUUCGAGCAGUGAGAGAGAAAACUGAGGCCCAGUCCCAAAAAAUCAAGGACCUCCAGUCUCAAUUGGGCUCGGUUAUACCAAUCGGGAUACCCUUGCCAAGUAGGUCAAAGCAGCCAAGUCAGUGGUUGAAAUAGUCAGGCCGGUGCUGAUGAGAUGGUGGCCUAGUACAAAGAUGAUGCUGAGGCAACCAAGGAUCGCCUAAAAGACAUUGCGUUGAAUAUGUGAAGUGGUAGUCCCGAAGGGAAGCUCUCGACGAGGCUCAUGCCCGGGGUUUUGAUUUAUCGGCAAGAGGCUCCAGGUCGAGACCAAGAAGUUGGCAUAUCCUAAAGGGAAAGAAGACUCCGAGGGUUCCGACAGAUCUGGUGGCGGAGCGGACCCCGAUGGUCCUGGUGAUGAGGUCAGCUCCAGUGAAAAAGACCAGGUUGCUGCUUAGGUGCUUUGUAGAUGUUUUUGUUGAGGACAUUUGGCCUUUGUAAAGAUCUUUUAAUACUCCCUCCGUUCCAGUUUAUGUGAUCCUAUUUCCUUUUUGGUCCGUUCA